UAGAAAUGGAAGAACCAUCAGAAUUGGGCGCAAGCAAGGAAAAACCGAUUGAACUCAAUGAAGACGACGAGUCUUCCGACGGAGAGAAUUCCGUAAUAAUAUUGGACAGCGACACAGAGCCUGAAGAUGGCGCCGGCGGUGAAGAGGAUGAGGACAAUGGUGAGGAUUCAGAAGAAGAAGAUGAAGAAGACUCCGACGAGGAGGAAUCUGAAGAUGAUUCCGAUAGUUCUGUGGAUACGGAAUCUGUGAAUUCAGUCUGGUCUAAUGUUGAUGAAGAAAACGGCGAGGAAAUUACAACAGAAGCCGCUGAAGCAAAAAUUAUAAAGAAAUUCGAAAAAGCCAUUUUCUCUAUAGCCGACAACGACUCUGAAACAGGCCGACGGAUUCUGGAAAAGCUUCUAAACGACGCAAUAAUUGCCACAUACAACCAGGAGAAUCCAGACUUUGAGCUGCUCGACGAGCCACCGAGAUUGGCGAAAAUGCUUCAAGUUUUCAUAGCGAGCCACCGGAAUCUGGCGAAAUUAUGUGAAAAAGAAGUGGAAAAUGCGGAUGAAAAGGAGAAGGAGCAACUGAAAAGUGAAGAAAUUCAACAUUUAUGUCAAGUUCUGGCUUAUGAACCGAAUAGUUCGGAUAUUUGGCUCGACGUCGCACUUAAAUCAAUAGAAUUCGGGGAUUUAAACUUUUCAAAAUAUGCUUUCAAACGGUGUGAGACCCUAAAAGAGUCCCUGGAAUCCCACGCAACUCUGCUAUAUUUAACGUGUGAUUACAACGAAAGUCUGAUGAUUAUGAAACAAUUCCAAGAGCAAAAUGAUGUGUUAAAUGAUAAAUUAAAGUACCUGAAGCAUAAAAUCCGAUCCACAAAUCAAUAUUAUAAACUAUCGUGUGAUCGAAUUUUCGAGGAAGAUGAAGUUUAUGCGGACGUCCAAAGUGUUGAAAAACGGAAAAUUCAGGAUUUCGACGAGCGAAUUGAGGCGUUGCGGAGCCGAGUUGUGGGGAAAAUUGAGCAGCGAGACGUAGAUUUUCGUGAUGAAGAGGAGAAGUGCUCUGUGAUUCCGAUUCGAAUUGAGGCCGAUCAGGAUCUCCAAACAGUUUGCACAAUUUUCUGCGACCUCUUCGACCGUAUCCACGCCUAUUCUCACUGUCGGCAUCAGCUCAUCGAGUUCACCGAAUGGGAAUCGCGGCGAGACCAUCUAGACGUUCUCGACACAGUUGAGCAUCUCGUAGACGUCGUGGAAUGUGUAGAGGACAUUUCACAGAAAGUAGAAGAGCUGGAGAACCUGAAACGUGGAGCAAAAGGACGUCGGAAGAAGCAGCAGCAGAAAGAUGAGAAAAAAGAGUAUUUGGCGAGCUGGAGGAAGAGAUUAUUUGUGGAAAAGAACUCUGAGGAGCCUCCAAUAGUGAUCACUAUUGAUUCAGAAGCUUGUACAACUGCUGAUGAGGAUGAUGAAGAGAACACAUCACAGAUUGAAGAGAUUCUCGGAAUGCCCGAAAAUGAGUUGGCUCAAGAGUUUGAGCUGGUUUUCAGCGAGCUCAAGUCGAUUAGGAGUGGCGGAAAACGAAGGGAACGAACUCCGCCACCAUCAAAACCUCACGAAUUCAUCGAUUGCGACAUGAUUCUUCAACUUUUGGAAACAAUAUUCUCUGGUGAAUCCCGUUCGAUUCUAGAGAUCCUGGAACACACUCUAUUCCUAAUCUCCGAUCAUACCCCGGCUCACGGAGCACUUCCAGAAAAUAUGAGAGAAGUAACGAGAGAGAUGUACGCCAGGCUUGCACUUUUCGAUGAGAUUUCUGAUAAAAAAUUUGAGAAAUUGAAUGUGAUGCUCGUGGAGCUCGACUCGAAAAAGGCGAUGCAAGUGGCAGUGAUUAAGUAUAUUUCGCCGUUUUCUGGCGGAAAUUCUGUGGAAAAUGGAGAAGAAACACGCGAUGGGAUCCUAAGAUUUAUGUGGAAAUACGCUCAAACUGGGCUCAAGGAUGAGAUCAAACUAGAAUAUCUGGAAACCCUGCUCUCUCUGAUGCACCAUGACGAGUCAAUUGCCACGUCAUAUGGCUCAUUUGCCACGUGGGACGUCGAGCUAAGCAUUGACGACCUACAAAAGAAAAAGAGAAUCGAUAGUGUGAAGCAAUUGUGGAAAUCCAACAAUUAUGCAAAUCUCGUCGAUAUUAUACAAAAUGAUAUAGAUUUCGCUGUGAUAAGCGUCGAGGAGGCAAUCGAAAUGUGGAGCUUCUGGGUUCACUCUCUGGAAAAGCUGAAAUUACACGUGGAACUGAUUGAGCUCGUCGCACGGCUUAUGCAUUUUUAUCUCUUUUCCGAGGAAGCUUCGACUCAAAAUCCCGAGAAAAUCGAGCGAAACGUGGAUGUGCUGCUGCUGAAAUUCCAGAAAAUUCGGGGAAAAGAGCUCAGAAAAGCGCCGAUAUCGAUAAUUUCAACAAUUGGAUAUCUCACGUGUAUUGCUUUCAAGAAAUAUUCGAAAUUUGAGAAGGAUUGGAAGAAUUGGAGAGUUUUGUAUGAAAUUGUCAAAAUUCAUCGUGGUGAUGCGAAGAAAUAUAUUGAGCAGUUGGAUAAGGCGGAAGACCCGGAUACGAUGCCACUGAUGGAGCUGGAUUUGUUGGUUAAGGCUCAUGAUGUUCUUGGAGAGCAUCAGUGUUGUGCUCAGAAAAAUUACGAAUUCCUCUUCUUCAUGAUCGACCGCUUCCGACUGCUCAUCGAUGACAUACCACUUCUCGAAAUGUGCUAUCUCAAAGAUAACGGUUAUCUCUGGAAUAACGUCAAUCAAGAACUAUCUCAAGUGCUUUUCUGCAUGUACGGCAAGUACGGAAGAAAGCGGCGAGCUCGAGAAGAUCACGAAAACGGCGGGAAAUGCGUGGCAACUCCGGAUGUUUCCAGAAGAAUUAUGGCAGUAAUUCUAGUACAGCCCCUACCACUUUACGAUGAGAAGGAGAAGCUGGCACAUGAUAUCUCGGAACUUUUGAAUUCUAAAUUCCCGUUUCUUCUGGAAAUUUCGGCUGAAAAAAAGAAAAAGCGACUGGAAUUUAAGGAAUUUCUACAGAAAUCUUCCAGCCUUGAAGAUGUCAAUUCGUCGCUUCAGCAAUGCCGAGACGACGUGGAUGACUAUAUACAAUCGCUAGUAUGGUACACGAUGGCUCUUAUCUCAUUCCGACAGAAUUCAUUCAAAGAUGCUGCCAAAUACGCGGAGCUUUAUCUCUUGACAGAGGAAUCUGCAGUGGACGCGCGACUUCGGGGAUCUGUAUGGGGAAUGUUGGCACAUGCUAGUGUUCAUAAUUUGUUUCAGUUUGACCCUCACGAAAUCUACGAGCAAUGGAAAUGGCGUAUUAUGCCAUUCCGAAUGGCAGUGGAUGCUCAACAAAAUGAGCCCGUACCGCACUUUGAGCUCGCCGCUAUACUAUAUCAAUUGGCUUCAUCGUUAGCAAGAUUCUACCGUACCCUGCCGAAAGACGACGCCCGUCGGAAGGAUUUUGGCGAUGUUCAGAAAUUGCGUGUCGAGUCACGUCAGCAAUUUGAUAGAUCUCUGGAGUUGACGAAGAUCGGAGAAGACGGAUCACAGCCCGAGCAUCAAUGGCUUUGUUACUUUUUCAUUGGAAAACUGGAAGCGAAAAGUUCACAGUGGGAUAUUCUGAAAGUUGUUGAAAGCUUCUACGAGGCGGCUUGUGGAUGUGAAUUAGCAGGAUUCUACUAUCCACAAAAGGUUCAAACGAAGAAACAGACAAAUUUCGAGCCACUGGAAGUGCAUUAUCAGGCGUUUUCAGCGGUUUACAAGUACCUUAUCAACAAUGAACUGCCUUCGUUGAAGAUCCUGAGAAAGCUUCACGUUUUGCUGAAAAUUCUGGAUGAUGGGCAUAAAGUUGUUCGACAGAGCAAUUCGUUGUUCAAAGUUAACGUGGAGGUGUAUUCGGUUAUGGAUGAGCUCGUGAUGAGCACUUUAGAGAGGGAAAAGGACGAGGAGGAGAACUCUGUCAAAUUCGACACGGAACUCCGCGAGCAACUCGUCACUGAGCUCAAAGAGAUGUGCACACGAGCAUUCACACUUGUAACCGACCGCUUCCCCCAUAUCAAAUCGUUCUACCGACUGGCUCAACUUCAUUUCGAAAAAGGAGAAUUCGACGAGGCGUCCGAACACAUUUUCAAGAACACAUUUAAACGAAAAAAACGAGACGAUGGAAUGUUUGAUAAUUGUGUUGAAAUAUCGUGUAAUGAUAUUAAUAGAAAUGGAUCAUUCGGAUUUCAUAUUGAACGAUGCGCGAAACUUGGAGCACAAGUUGCUCAGAAAACUAUGGAUUUGUAUAAUGUGGUCGCCAUGUUGAAUACUAUGAUCAAUAUUAUUGCAAAAGAUGAUGAUGAACACAUUGAUGCAUCGGUGCGGAAAACGUUGGUCAACAUAUACUUGACCGCAUUGGAGCAUAUUGUUCAAUCGAGGAAUGAUGUGUCCACAAGAAGUACACCAUCGCCGGCUCCUGGUGAAGCCACCGCGAAACAACAUCACAUCAAACAAUACCGCGUAAAAUCAUCGACUCUCCGUUCGGAUCUCUGGAGACUAUGGCAAACGCUUUCAAAAUGCUCGAAACCCGAUGAGCCACUCAUCCGACAGAUCAAGACGAAGGCUGAGGUGUGCAUUGUGCAUUGUUUCAAGUCGAUCGAUGAGCUCCGUGCACGAAUGUUGAGCUCUUCGUCCUCGACGGCAGCGAAUAGUGGAGACGGGAAGCGAAGGAAUAACACUACGAAACGAAAAUUCGACGCUCUUGAAGUGGUUCAGCAGAUGCAGAAGAGCAUUUCGGUCGCGCAGAGCUCAUCGACACCGCCUCCCAGCUUGACACUUUAUGACGUUUGGACGAAGCAAUUGGCGAAGGAUUUACUGAAAAAUGGAACUCCCGGCUCCACUACGACUGCUCCAACUGUUCAAGCUCCAGCGCCGUCUUCUUCCAUCCCAAAUACCUCCACAAGCAUUCCUAAAGCUCCAAGUGCUCCAGUUCUCUCUGCUGCUCCGCCGAAAAUUGUUGCUCCUGCUGCUCCAGCUGCUCCAACUCACUAUUCACCAAUAAGCAGCGAUGACGAUGAGAUUCAGUGCAUUGAGCCACCGCCAGCCAAGAAACCGGCUCCGUCAGCUUCUGCUCACAAUUUGUCGGCUCUGGGCCAUCAAAAACCGGGCCCGACGGCUCCGAAAGUUACUGCUCCAAAACCAACAACUUCUACGGCUUCAUCCCAGGCCGCUUCUACUAUGGCUGCUCUUCUAGCGUCAAGCGGCCCGGAUAAUGUGUCCAAGUUCAUUCUGGCUAACGCGAAUUCCGCGGAUUCACAGAAGCAGCGACUUGCGCUUCAGCUCUUGGCUCACGCUCAGGCUUCAGCUCCAGCUGCUCCAACUGCUUCAUCAACCAAUCAAAUAGCCGCCCAGCUCAUUCAGGCUCUUCAGGCCGCGAAGGACGCCCAAACUGCCAAGCUGGUGGCCCAGGAGAAAGCGAAAAAAGAAGCCCAAGAAAAAGCCCGCCGGGAGGCGGAAGCCAAGAAAGAAGCCCAGUUGGCUCAGCUGAUGAAGAUCGCCGAGGAGAGAUCGAAGAAAGAAGCCGCAGAGAAGAAGGCCAAGGAGGCCCAAAGACUAGCUGCAGCGAAGUUGGCUCAGCAGGCCAAUGACCAGGCUCAGAUGAUACAGUGGCUCAAUGCGGCUCACUAUGCGAGCCCAUCUACAUCGAAUGCGGCGACUUUGAGCGCGAAUUUGGCGGCACUGGCAUCUUUGGCUGGAAAUUCAGGGGCUCAAAGAGCUGUUGCUGCUCCGCUGCCGAAGCCAGUGACACGGUCGCCGCAAGUUCAGAAGCCGAUCAAACCGACGGCGUCUAGGAGCUUUACUUCGAAUUCUCCAUCCACGUCAUCAUCGGCACUCGCCCGGCCAAGCACUUCAACUCCAUCACACCUCAACCACAAUAUCGCCCGUCCUCAAGCUCAGCGCCCACAGCAACAAGCCCAUCUGGUUCAGCGACCACAAGCUCAUCGUCUAUCGGCUCCGGCGAUGCAGCAGCGUCCUCAGGCGGCAGCAGCUCGGCAGCCGGAAACUCCGCAGCCAUCAGCUGUUCAGGCGACUUUGAUGCACUUUUUGAACUCGAUCAAUGAUCCUGUGCAGCGAGAGGCUCUUUCGAAACAACUUUUUAGGAACAAGUAAUGGGGAAAAGCGAAACGAUCUCGGUACUCUAUCAAAUACGGAUUAUUUAAUUUUUUUCAAUUUUUUCAAUUUUCUAUUAUAAAUUUUUCUCGAUUUUCAAAAAUCCUUAUUU